ACGAAAACCCAUUAUUUUCCCACUUUUUUUCCUUGUUUUGGAAUUUUACAAAUGUACUAGAGACUAAAAAGAAACCGCAUCCUUUACAUACGCCAGUGAAAAAAAAAAAAAAGGAAAAACGAAGUACGACCGUAAUAAUAAAGUAAUCGUGUAUCAACCAUGUAUCCACACAGCACCAGCCAUGGCAACAAGGCCACGGGACAACGGCCGGAUAAUUAUGACGCACACGAUAGUCAACACCACGAUUCCAUAUUCUCUUCAUCCCUCGACAUGCCUUUGCACCGUCAAUCCAUGGACAGCACCUUGGCCAACUUUUCCAUGGAGAAUGCCGACGCAACCACAUCCUCAUCCUACCUCGAGUCCGACCUAUUGAGUGGUUCGCUGGAAUCACCAUCGGCCAUGCUCGGCAACGAUGCUCUUUUACCGACAUGGGAUUCCAUGUAUGGCAAUGACAUGCAGCCUUCGUUGGUUGACCUCGGUGUUACGCCAUCGGACAAUAUCAUGGACAACUUGCUGCCAGACGAAGCCAGUAAAUUGUUCACGGCCAUGUGUGAACAAGACCAGCAAGCCAUUUUAUUUUCGGACCCCAAUUUUGCACGACAACAACAGCUUCUCCAAGAGCAACGCCAGGCUGAACAACAAGCUCACACCGCGGCGCCGCCAUCCGAUUCGCCUAUGGAAACAGUCUCACCUGUGCGAUCGAACCUCUCGGCCAUGUUUGGCCAAUCGCCUUACCCUCCCUCCACGCAAAAACAAGACGCAACACCCAAAAGUGAUACAAGUGCAUCUUCAGCUGCCACGACAACUACUACCAGCACCACCCCCGCCGCCACUUCCAUGGCUCAUCGCACGACAACGGACAGGGGAAAUGCAGCAAGCAAAAGCAAAAAGGACGGUCGUCGACUGAGUGCGAUAUUGGGAACGGGACGCAUGGGCCGAACGAACCCGAUUCCCAUCUCUCGCGACAGUGGCGGUCACGGAUCAAAGCAAUCCUCUUCUGUGCCUCAUGAAAUCGACCAUCAACGCCGUUUCAGCGAAUUACAAGCUAAAUUUCGCGUCAACUACUCACGGAAACCGAACCAGGGUUCAUCCAUGACCAUGUCAUCGUCUUAUUCCAACACCAAUCCGCGAUCAAACCGCUCUGACAGCAGAACGGUGUUGGGAUCGUCGGUUCCCUUGUCAGUUGGACAGUAUGUGUCACGUCCAAACGUGGGUCCAAACGUGGGUCCAAGCGCCGAUCCCAACGCACGUCGGAAAUCGCACGAUUACACUUUGCCAAACGACAUCAAUGCACGUGGGAAUGGAAAAUUUAAUGCCAGUAGGGGGAUCAUCCAUCUCAACAAAACACCUUAUUCCACCACCACGGCCGCCGCAACAACAACAACAACGACCACAGCCUCUGCCCCCACUGACGUGCAGGCUAGUUCAUUCCCUUCACGGACGAUGCCUAUCCAAAUCCAACGAGUCAAUCGACUGAGCGCCAUGUAUCCGUUGGAUUCGGAAGAAUACCAACGCAAACUGGAUUUCCAGCUGGAAAAUGCCAACUUUGAUGAUAUCACCGUGAGCGAACUUAAAGAAAUGCUUCGACAACGCGGGAAGCCGGCGACAGGUAGGAAAGCCAUCUUGCUACAGCGGUUGCAGGAAGAACGUGAACUUGUCAAGGCUGGGAGACAGGGGCCACGUACGUCAAUGUCGGGGUCCAACGCCACGGAAUUCUGGGGUCAGCCGCAGUCCGUUCCCGAUUAUCAAUCAUCGGCGGCUUCUUUUCCUGAUGCCUCGCCUGUCAUGGGUAGUCCAUCGUCUAUCCCUAAUUCAAACAUGUUUUUAUCAAGUUCGGCCGGAUCCAACUUUUCAUUGCAUCAAUCGAUUGCCAAUAUGAACCUUACUUCGCCCAUCAUGUCCUCCCAACCGUCCCAUCCAACGCCGCCGCGACGUUACUCACCGUACAUGACCUCACCUUCGCCCAAACAGCCCAACCAUUCCCCUUAUCAGCAGCCGACGCCAGACAGUCAACGAUACUCGUCUUCCGUGCCUACCGGCAUGUUUGCUUCGAACCACCAAGCACAACCCAUGGAAACCACACCGUCACCGCACAUGCAAGCGCGUGCUUGGAACCCUAAUACACAGCGACAGAAGUCGUACGCACCUCUAACCCCCUCGAACCUUGGCACGCCCGAUAAGGAAAAUAAAUAUGAUCCAUUCAACUUUUUUGGGCACUCAAUCCAAUCUCCCGCCUCGAUACCGAUCCAACAACAGCGAGCAUCCAUAGAUUAUUCGGCGGACCCGUCCGCCAAUAUGGAGGGCAUAGAAUGGAUGGAUUCCUUAAUGUUGCAAGAAGGACAAGACCAUCCUUCGGUGCUUCAGUUUUCGGAUAAUCUUUUGUCGGAUGAUCUGAUGACGCUUUUGGCGAAUCAGCCAACAAAUGAGAAUGGCAACUUGAAUUCUGAUCAUGGUAAAUCCGGUACGAAUGUGGGCGACCAAUUCCUGCAAAUGGACAUGGAUAAUCCACUCUACGACAAUUUUGCAAACAAUGGUAGAUAAAUUGCAUCAUCCAUUGUUCCCACCCAUUUUGAGAUUUUUUCUUUUUUUUGUCAUUAUAUUUUUUUAUUUGCACUGUUUUGUAGAUAUACUUUAUUAGUAACUUUUGUAUUUUUUCUUUAUUCUCCAAACUGGAGAGUGUAUUCCUGUGUUUUAAUGAUUUUAACAAUGUAAUACAGCUAUAGAAAAAAUGGACGAAAGCACGCAUCAGGAACGACAGUUUUUCGAUUAACUGCUGUCGUAAUUUUUCGAUGAGCAGCUAGAGA